UCCGGAUGUUUCCAGUGGACUGAUUCGCCAUUAUCUGCGUGUGCGGAGUGGUUAUGAGUCAUGGCCUCAACAAGCGCCACAACAGAGACAAAAGGUAGAAGAGGAAGCUUAAUUUUAGAACCUCCAAAUAUGUCUUUGAGAAGGAUGGUGUUUGUUGGAAAGACUGGAGCAGGUAAAAGCUCAUCUGGAAACACUACCCUGGGCAGAAAAGUAUUUAGAGCUGCAUCUAGUUGUUCAUCUGUUACUAAAGAGUCCUGGAAAGAGACCGGAGAAGUGGCUGGAAGAGAAAUUAUUGUGGUAGAUACUCCAGGUUUGUUUGACACUGAUGUUUCAGAAGAGUAUCUCAAGCAGGAGAUCAGUAAGUGUGUGAAUAUGACGGCACCUGGACCUCAUGCCAUCAUCCUGGUCAUCCAGCUCGGUCCAUUCACUGAAGAAGAGAUACUCUCAGUGGAGAAAAUCAGAGCUUUAUUUGGAGAAGAAUCAGAUAAACACACAAUCGUACUUUUCACUCGCGGUGAUGAACUGACCUGCUCUAUUGAAGAAUACGUCAAUAAAGCUGAUGAGGAUCUGAAAAAUAUCCUGAGGCGCUGUGGAGGAAGAUAUCAUGUCUACAAUAAUAAAGGCAUGGAGAAUCGGAAUCAGGUUCUGGAGCUCAUGGUGAAAGUGGAUGAUAUGGUCGCUGCUAAUGGUGACAGAUUUUACACCAGUGACGCUUACCAGGGCGUGGAGCUCUUGCUGAAAGCUGAAGAAGAGAAACUGAGACGAGAAUAUGAGAAGAAAUUACAAGACAAAGAAAGAGAACUGGAGUCCAGAUUUGCUGAGGAAAAGAGAAGACUCCAAGAGAGAGUAGAGACACUAACAGAAUCUGAGCAAGAGAAGGAAAAGAAGAUCAAAGAGUUAGAAAGACUAAAUCAGAAAAAUUUAUGUGAACUUAUUGAGUACAAGCGAUAUUAUGAGUCAAGGCUCAGAGAAGUCAGACAGGAGGCAGAACUGACUCGUAUUCACGAGAGUACGUUGAUAGAAAUUAUAAACAAGCUUCACAGCCUUCAAAUGUAAUCAUAUUGAUUAUAUUUUGUGAACUGUUUAAUAUCAUGAUUGUAAUAUUGUAAAUCUUAUUAAA